AAAGACUCUGGCUUUUCCCUCCCCCCUCUCCACAUGGGCAAUAUCGAUGUAUUAAUAAAAAGUCCUUCCAAUGACAUACGGGGUUGAAUUUGGUAUGGUAAGUUACGUGUCGUCUAGAAAAUUGAGAAGUGACUUUGUGCUGUGAGAAAAUUCAUCUGGACGUACUUUGUCCCUUGCCUUUGCUGGCAAGACCCCAGUACACUGGAAAAGCCCCACCCGAGAAUAGGCAUCGCUAUAAAUCAAUCAGAGGUUGCCCGGGAAUUGCCUUUCGUAAGUUUCCAAGGAAGAAUUUUGGCAAUGGACACCUUCAAUGCAAUUCGCCUGGCUUACCCCGAAGUGAUCUAUGCUUGUUUGGCUCUGAUCCUGGGUGCCCUGCUUUUCAUCCCCUCUCUUAAAAAUGACUUUAUAUGCAUUAAUAAACAUUCAUGGGAUAUAUUUCACAGCAAAGCCAAGAAAAAGUUCGAAUACCAUGCAUUUACUCUACUGAAAGAAGGUCUUGAAAAGGGCCGUUCGGCUUUCCGACUGGUGACAAAUAUGGGAACUUAUUUGAUUCUGACAGACAAUUACGCAGAAGAAAUAAAAAACGAUGACAGAUUCAGCGCUUUUGAUGCUGUCAAUGAUGUGUUACUCGUGGAUAUACCUGGAUUUGAGACUAUGUUUCAAGGAUCGCUGCAUAACCAUGUGUCUCCCAUCGCGAUUCGCGCUAUGAACAGAGAGCUUGUGAACCUGACUUCCGCCCUUUCAGAGGAAACCGUGCACUGCCUCCAGAACACCGGAGCAGAUAAAGAUAGUUGGCAUGAAGUCUCAAUCCACGAGCUAGUACUCGAUUCAGUUGCACACAUGACAACCAGAGCAUUCCUUGGCUCAGAGCUUUGUCGCAAUUCUGAAUGGCUUGAGAUUGCUAAGAGCUUUACGAUGAAUCGUUUUAUUGCCGUAGCUGCGAUCCAGUCCUGGCCAAAACUCCUUCACCCCCUGGUUCACUGGUUUUUACCCCCAUGUAAAAUUGUUCGCAGUCAAAUUGCGCGCGCAAGAAAGAUCCUCAUGCCAGUCCUCGAGCACGAAAGACGCGCCAGUCUCGAAAAUCAGUCAACCAACCGGGAAUUCUCCAAUUUGAUGUUCAUUGAUCAAUAUGCGAAUGGAACUCGCUAUGAUGCUACGAUGUCUCAGAUGCGACUGAUUGCAGUGGCUUUUCAGACUACUAGCGAUAUGAUCGAAAAGGUGCUGGCAAGAAUUUGUAAACACCCAGAGCUCAUUCAGCCGUUGCGUGAUGAAGUGAUCUCGGUAUUUGCACAGUAUGGCUUGAAUUCCAAGUCAUUGCUCAAGCUUACCUUGAUGGAGAGUGUAAUGAAAGAGAGCCAGAGACUUGAGCCUGCGGUUAUAAUAUCCAUGUUCCGGGUGGCCAGGGAAAAAGUGACUCUAAAAGAUGGCACGGUUGUUCCAAAGGGGACCAGUCUUGCGUUUGCAAACAAUCUCCGCUUUGACCCAGAGAUGUAUCCCAGCCCCGAAGAAUUCGAUGGUUAUCGGUUUCAAAAAAUGAGAGAAGAUCCGAAGAAAAGUACGCUUGCGCCAUUUACAAAGACCAGAAUGAGCCAUCUAGCCUUUGGCCACGGGAAAAGUUCGUGCCCAGGUCGCUUCCUUGCCUGUGAUGAAGCAAAACUUAUCCUGUCUCAUCUUCUUCUCAAUUUUGAUAUCAAGGCGGUAGAUGGACAACUUCCGGAAUUACAGAUACAGGGAAUGUUCAUUCAAUUGGACCCGAAGGCGAAAAUGUUGAUCAAACAUCGAGAAAGUGAACUUUCACUCCACGAAUAAACUACUGUGCUGAGUGUCGACUGUUUACAGUCAUACAUUGAAGUCGUGGGGAAUUGAUUUUUAAAAGAUCCCAUUCCGAUACUCCAGCGUAAUUCACCUAAAAAUGGAUUGUGAAAUCUAGCUUUCAUGAAUGAAA